UUGAAUACGUGAUCCACCAUAGACAACUAGAGAUCUCAGAGCGCCAGAGCUUGAUCUCAUCUCACAAGUGAACUCAACUCAUUGCUCUUUUAUUCCAACUCAAACCAAGAUCUCUGGCGAUCAGAGCAAAAAGAUCGACCGUCAAUUGGAAGUAUUUCAUCAGAAAGAUUGUAAAUCGAAGAUGGCCGGAGGUGCUGCUGGAGGUUUUAUUACUCGAGCAUUUGAAUCAAUGCUCAAAGAGUCUUCUGGAAAGAAGUAUACUUCUCUUCAGACCGCAAUCCAUUCUUAUUUAGAAAAUUCAAAAGAGAUCAGUAAAGAGGUGACAUCAAGUGAUGCCAACAAAGUGACAGCUUCAGAUGGAGGAGAUAAAAGUGUGCCUGAUCCCGAUGAUGGAACUGCAAGAACUGAAGUGGAGGCAGAUGCAACACCUUCAGCUUCACAUGAUACCGAGGAGGCAGAAAUUGCUGGUGCUCAGGCAGCAUCAGGUGGAAAUGUCAAGACGACCUUGGCUAGUGCUGGGCAUACUUUGGAAGGAGCUGAGUCAGAGCUUGUCCUUAAUCCACUUCGGCUUGCAUUUGAGACCAAGAAUCCCAAAGUCCUUGAGCUUGCAUUGGAUUGCCUUCAUAAACUCAUUGCGUAUGAUCAUCUGGAGGGUGAUCCUGGUCUAGAAAAUGGUAAAAAUGUUCCUCUAUUUACAGAGAUUCUGAAUAUGGUAUGCAGUUGUGUGGAUAAUUCAUCACCGGAUAGUACAACUCUUCAAGUGCUGAAAGUGCUACUUACUGCUGUCGCAUCCACCAAGUUUCGAGUUCAUGGGGAAGCAUUACUGGGGGUAAUAAGAGUGUGUUACAACAUUGCUCUUAAUAGUAAAAGUCCUAUCAACCAAGCUACAUCCAAGGCUAUGCUAACUCAAAUGAUCAGCAUAGUAUUCAGGCGAAUGGAAACAUAUCUGAUGUCUUCACAUAAAAGAAGUGGUUCAUCCCCGAAGGUUGAAGAAAGUUCUUUAGGUGAGGAGAAUGGUCAAAAGAUAACUCCUGGUGAGGUGAACGACACUCCUCUUGCAUCUUUGCAGGAGCUGCAUAAUCUUGCUGGUGGGACUGACAUAAAGGGCCUGGAGGCAGUUCUUGACAAGGCUGUGCAACUUGAAGACGGUGGAAGGACCACACGUGGGAUUGACCAAGAGAGCAUGAGCAUUGAACAACGUGAUGCUUUGCUCCUUUUUCGCACCCUCUGCAAGAUGGGUAUGAAGGAAGAUAAUGAUGAAGUUACUACAAAAACACGUAUUCUGUCUCUCGAACUCCUACAGGGGUUGUUGGAGGGGGUUAGUCACUCCUUUACUAAGAGCCUCAAUAUCAUCGACUCCGUGAAAGCUUACCUAUCAUAUGUGUUAUUACGCGCAUCAGUGUCACAAUCUCCAGCGAUCUUUCAGUAUGCAACAGGGAUUUUUGCCGUGCUACUGUUGCGUUUUAGAGAAAGCCUUAAGGUUGAAAUUGGCAUCUUCUUUCCGCUGAUCGUUUUGAGAUCUUUGGAUGGCUCAGAAUACCCACUCAACCUCAAAUUAAGUGUUCUUCGGAUGCUGGAGAAAGUUUGCAAGGAUCCACAGAUGCUCGUUGAUCUCUACGUGAACUAUGAUUGUGAUCUUGAUGCUCCAAAUUCGUUUGAAAGAAUGGUGACAACUCUAUCGAGAAUCGCCCAAGGGACUCAAAGUGUGGAUCCAAACUCAGUUAAUGCUACUCAAAUUGGAUCAAUCAAAGGCUCAUCACUUCAGUGCCUCGUGAGUGUGUUGAAAUCACUAGUUGAUUGGGAGAAGGUGCGGAGAGAGUCAAAGCAGAGUAAAGACCAAAAAUCUAUUGAGGAAGAGUCUUCAGCUGCAGAGUCUCAAGGCAGGAGUGACUUGGCAAAUAACUUUGAGAAAGUUAAAGCUCAUAAAUCUACCAUGGAAGCUGCAAUAUCUGAGUUCAACCGUCAUCCUGUAAAGGGAAUUGAAUUUUUGAAAACAAAUAGUUUGGUGGAGAAUACACCAGUUUCAGUUGCUCAUUUUCUCAGGAAUACACCCAGCUUGGACAAGGCUAUGAUCGGUGAUUACUUGGGUCAACAUGAAGAGUUUCCUCUUGCUGUAAUGCAUGCUUAUGUUGAUUCUAUGCAUUUCUCUGGAAUGAAAUUUCAUACUGCAAUCCGUGAAUUUCUUAGAGGUUUUCGGCUUCCUGGUGAAGCACAGAAGAUAGACCGUAUAAUGGAAAAAUUUGCAGAGCGUUACUGUGCAGAUAAUCCAGGUCUUUUCAAGAAUGCAGACACCGCUUAUGUUCUUGCAUAUGCAGUUAUAAUGUUAAACACUGAUGCUCAUAAUCCAAUGGUGUGGCCUAAAAUGACCAAGGCCGAGUUUGUGAGAAUGAAUGCCACAAAUGAUCCGGAAGAAUGUGCACCAACAGAACUUUUGGAGGAAAUCUAUGAUUCUAUUGUUCAAGAAGAGAUAAAAAUGAAGGAUGACACUGCAGGUAUGGGGAAAAGCAGCAAAAAGCCAGAAGCUGGCAUUAUUGGUAUUCUUAAUUUGGCUCUCCCGAAACAGAAAAAUCAAACCGACACACAAUCUGAGAGUGAAGCUAUUAUCAAACAAACGCAAGCAAUUUUUAGGAACCAAGGAGCGAAAAGGGGUACAUUUUAUACAUCACAUCAGAUUGAGCUCAUAAGACCAAUGGUCGAAGCUGUAGGUUGGCCGCUGCUUGCUACAUUUGCAGUAAGCAUGGAGGAAAGGGAGAAUAAACCUAGAGUUUUUCUCUGUAUGGAAGGUUUCAAAGCAGGAAUUCACAUUACACAUGUGCUUGGGAUGGAUACCAUGCGCUAUGCAUUUUUGACAUCACUGAUCAGAUUCACUUUCCUACAUGCACCGAAAGAUAUGCGUAGUAAGAAUGUUGAAGCAUUACGGACUCUGCUGGAUAUAAGUGACUCGGAGCCUGAUGCGCUUCAAGACACUUGGAAUGCAGUUUUGGAGUGCACCUCUCGUCUAGAGUAUACCAUAUCUACUCCUGCUAUGGCUGCUACGGUCAUGCAUGGAUCUAACCAGAUCUCUAAGGAUGCGGUUCUUCAAUCCCUCCGGGAAUUGGCUGGGAAACCAUCUGAACAAGUUUUUGUAAAUAGUGUUAAACUCCCUAGUGAGUCAGUGGUGGAAUUUUUUACUGCUCUAUGUAAUGUCUCAGCCGAAGAAUUGAAGCAAAAUCCAGCCCGUGUUUAUAGCUUACAAAAGCUUGUGGAGAUCAGUUAUUACAAUAUGGCUCGUAUACGCAUGGUAUGGGCAAGAAUAUGGUCUGUCCUUGCUAUUCAUUUUAUUUCUGCUGGGAGCCAUCAUGAUGAAAAGAUUGCAAUGUACGCUAUAGAUUCUCUAAGACAACUUGGCAUGAAAUACCUGGAGCGUGCGGAACUUGCCAAUUUUACAUUCCAAAAUGAUAUCUUAAAACCGUUUGUUGUGCUAAUGCGAAAUAGCCGGAGUGAAUCAAUCCGAAGGUUGAUUGUCGAUUGCAUUGUUCAGAUGAUAAAAUCAAAAGUCGGAAGCAUUAAAUCUGGUUGGCGAAGUGUUUUCAUGAUUUUCACAGCUGCUGCAGAUGACGACUUAGAACCAAUCGUUGAAAGUGCUUUUGAGAAUGUCGAACAGGUUAUACUGGAGCACUUUGAUCAGGUUGUUGGUGAUUGUUUUAUGGACUGUGUCAACUGUCUAAUUGGUUUUGCCAACAAUAAAACUUCUCACCGCAUUAGUUUGAAGGCCAUUGCACUUCUCCGCAUAUGUGAGGACCGACUUGCAGAGGGCCUUGUACCAGGUGGUAGCUUGAAACCUGUUGAUGACAAUGCAGAUGCAACUUCCGACAUCACUGAGCAUUAUUGGUUCCCAAUGUUGGCUGGUUUGUCUGAUUUGACAUCCGACCCACGGCCUGAAGUCAGCAACUGUGCAUUAGAGGUAUUAUUUGACUUGUUGAAUGAAAGAGGAAGCAAAUUCUCAUCGAAUUUCUGGGAAAGUAUUUUCCACCGCGUCCUAUUUCCAAUUUUUGAUCACGUGAGGCAUGCUGGAAAAGAGACGACAUCUUAUGGAGAUGAGUGGAUUCGUGAAACUAGUGUUCAUUCAUUACAGUUGUUAUGCAACCUUUUCAAUACAUUUUACAAGGAGGUAUGUUUCAUGCUGCCCCCACUGCUAAAUCUGCUGUUAGAUUGUGCCAAGAAGACAGAUCAGUCAGUGGCCUCAAUAUCCCUUGCUGCAUUGGUCCAUCUUAUUGAAGUCGGAGGACACCAAUUCAGUGAUAGUGAUUGGGAUACCUUGUUGAAAAGCAUAAGAGAUGCUUCAUACACCACUCAACCCCUUGAGCUACUCAAUGCUUUGGGUAUUGAAAGUGGCAAGAGUCGGUUGGUUAUGGCUAGAGAUUUAGAGGUUUCGGCAAAUGAUAGUCCCUCAGCUAUGUCUGCUAAUGGUCGAGUACAAGACAAUCAAGAAGAAAGGCCGUCUGUGGAUCUGCAUGACGCUGAAGGGCAAACACCUUCACCUGGAAAGGUCCAGAAAGCUUCUGAAGCUGCGGAUUUGCAACGAAGUCAAACAAUAGGUCAACGAUUGAUGGGAAACAUGAUGGACAACCUCUUCGUUAGAAGUUUCACCUCUAAGCCCAAGAAUCCGGCUUUAGAUGUUGUGACACCAUCUUCACCAUCCAAGUCUCUAGAUGUUGUGGAGCAUGAUGCUGAAGAGGUGGCAGAAAGUCCAUUUAUGGGAACAGUAAGGGGCAAAUGCAUAACACAGCUGCUACUAUUAGGAGCCCUUGAUAGCAUCCAGAAAAAAUACUGGAGCAAGUUGAAGGCCUAUCAAAAGAUAACGAUAUUGGAAAUUUUGUUCUCUAUGUUGGAGUUUGCUGCAUCAUAUAAUUCGUACACAAACCUCAGACUACGGAUGCAACACAUUUCUUCUGAAAGGCCACCUUUAAACCUUCUACGGCAGGAGUUAGCUGGAACUUGCAUUUAUUUGGAUGCAUUACAGAAGACGACUUCUGGGGUUGAUCCAAACCGAAAUGGAGAGCUUGAAACGAAUGGUUCUCGUGAUGAAGAUGAUGAUGCCACAGUAAAGACUGAUGCUGAAGAGAAGCUUGUGUCUUUUUGCGGACAGGUACUGAAGGAAGCAUCUGAGUUCCAAUCAAGCAUCGGAGAUACUACUAACAUGGAGAUUCAUCAAGUUCUUGGAUUACGUUCCCCAAUCAUCGUCAAGGUUCUUAAGGGUAUGUGUGUAAUGGAGAAGGAGAUAUUCAAGAAACACCUGAGGAGUUUCUAUCCUUUAAUUACCAAGCUUGUAUGCUGUGAGCAGAUGGACAUCCGUGGUGCUCUUGCGGAGCUUUUCAGCAUGCAGCUAAAUGGACUUUUGCAAUAGGAAGCAACAAGAAGACCAUAACCUGCGACUGUGACUGUGACCCCAUCAUUUUUGUGUGUAAUAUUAUUCUCUGAGACUAUUUUCUUGAGUACUAGUUGUUGUCAUGUAUAUUUUUGCAUAUGCAGUUUAUUCAGCAGUUGUAGAAUGUAUUUGUCCAACCAUGAAUGAAUAUGACAUCACAAGAGCUAGCGUUUAUGAUUGAA